CAACGAUUAAACUCAGAUCAGCAAGAGAAGAUUCAGUCAAUCAAUUUCAACCUGUACCACCAGCCGCCACCACCACCAUGCAACUUCAAUCCAUCGUCACCAUCGUCGCCCUUACCCUUUUGGGCACAGCAACCGCCAUCCCUGCUGCUGCCCCGUUUCCAGAGGCCGUCGCAGUCACUGAAGCGGACGCUUCCAUUCUCGAAGCACGCGUCACUCAGCUUCGCUGGAACGCGAAGAGAAGCGGCAGCGAGUGCUCCGCUAAGUGGAGCGGGGUUUGCUAUGAACACUGUGUCACCGAGGGCACGGCUGCGUCACGCAAGUGCAUCAGGGACACUAUUACGAGUGCGAUUGAUGGCGCAGGGUGCGGGGUGUUCAAGAGCAAGUGCAAGUGUGUCUGCAACAAGAAGUAAGCCGACAGUGUGGGUGAAGGGUAGCCUCGCGUGUUAUCUGUGCACCUAGGAACGAGUCGCUCUUUUGAUCGUCUGCGC